ACAUCACACCAGCGACAUUUUUACAUGGCAAACUCUCCAGUUUCCACAACAACAAAAACAAAAACAAAAACAAAAUCAACAAUCAGAGCUACUUCUAGUGGCUCUCAUUAUCCUACCCCCUCUUCUUGCCGCUUAAAAUGCGUACCCUUCUUACCCUUAGACCGCUAUCAUCAUCACCACCACCUCCGCCAUGUCUAACGUCCAAUUUCCACUUUUCUCCUUCUUCUUGCACUUCAUUUCUUUAUAGUUUCAGACCCAACAGGCGUUUUCACUUUCUUAGUCCUUGUUCUUCUCUUAAACAGUCUAAGAAACAACAGACUCUUCAAAAAACCAAUGCUCCUCAAAGCUUGAGGUGGUUCCUGAAUCCUAAAGGUGGUGGUAGUGGUGAUGAUGAUGAGAAGAUUAAAGGUGAUGGUGGUGAAGGACUGGAAGGGGAUACUGCUGUUAAGGGUACCAUUUUGGCAGGAGUCCUGUUGGUUGGUGUUGUUGGUGGGUUUGCGGCCGUUGGUUAUAUUUACAAGGACCAGAUCAAUGCUUUCUUGAAUCAGUUUUCGGGGUUUAUUGAAGGUUAUGGACCAGUUGGAUAUGCUUUAUUUGUAGCAGUAUAUGCAGGAUUGGAAAUACUCGCAAUUCCGGCAAUUCCUCUUACCAUGUCGGCAGGUCUUCUUUUUGGCUCUUUAAUUGGCACCAUUAUUGUCUCUAUAAGUGGAACAGUUGCUGCAAGUGUUGCCUUUCUAAUUGCAAGAUAUUUUGCCCGUGAGCGCAUUCUUAAGCUGGUUGAAGGAAAUAAAAAGUUUCUUGCCAUUGACAAAGCAAUUGGUGAAAAUGGAUUUAAAGUUGUCACCCUUCUUCGAUUGAGCCCUUUACUUCCAUUUUCCCUGGGCAAUUAUUUGUAUGGAUUGACAUCUGUUAAGUUCAUCCCGUAUGUUUUGGGAAGCUGGUUGGGGAUGCUUCCAGGGACAUGGGCUUAUGUGAGUGCUGGGGCAUUUGGCCGUGCAAUUAUUCAAGAUGAAUCGGAUAUUGGAUUAACCGGAGGAAACAAUUCACUGUUGACUCUUGGGCUGGGAUUGUUGGCGACAGGAUUGGCUGCAGCAUACGUGACAAGGCUUGCUAAGGAUGCUGUAAAAGAUAUUGAGUAGAAUCAAGAAAAUAGGCUUUACCAUGUAAUGUAAUUGAAGUUGUAACAUUAAUGUAAAUUGAUUUUGUAUCAUUUAUGAGCCCAAAUCAUAUAGGAAAACACCGCUUUCCCUCUUUUCCCCUCCCUGUAAAUUGGGGAUCUUUAGUUCUUAAUUAUAUAUAGUUAAAUAUUACAACUUUUUAGUUUAUAGUUA